AUGACCUCAAUCUCUGCCGACCGUUCCCAGAUGGCCGGCUCUGCGACCACCGCGGCGACUGCAGAAUCCUCCGGUCGCCCACAAAACUUACAGGAUUCGUGGACGUCCGAGUCCUCGGGCAACGCGGUCGCAUCUGAGUCGCCAAUACAUUAUUCGUCUUUUUCUAGCUCCGACAGUGACGACCCCCUCCAGUCUUCCAAUGAAGUGAACGAAGACGAUGCCAGCGACGUGGUGGGAGUCAGUAUUGGGCGCGCUCAAAGCCGUAUGAAAGCCCGUUCAACCCCCGCCGAAGAGAAAAGCAGAGCGUUGGAAUCGAACGGUGGAUACUUUUCGGCGAUCCCGGAUCCCGUCAGCGAAGAUGGCUUGUUCGUCUCGCAGCUCUCGGCUGAACCUGAGCAACUGGAGCCGAGGAGGUCUUCCAAAGUGCAGACGACGCAUCCUGCCACGCGCUCAUCGGUGGAGCACCGCACGCCGCGAGGUCGCCACACCCAUCAUUCGGUGCCUAAAGGGACGGGGGGGCCACCGAUCGAGUUUCACCCGCUCCCUACUCAAGACUUCCUUGCCCAAACGCCCCCGUGCAUGCCAACCUCCCCGCGAGCUCCCAGCGUCAGCCCGUAUGAAGACGAAGAUGACGCCCGACCCAUUUCAGAGCUGCAAUCGCUUCAUGGCAGCUCGGUCGUAAAACAUUCAUACUCCCGACGGCCCAGUGCGACACCGAAGCGACCACCGAGUCUGCGUCGGUCGUCGUCUGAUCAAUCAUUGUAUUUGCGGGCAUCCUCGACUGCCUCGUCGUUAGAACAGCGACCGCUAUAUACGAAUGUCCAUUCACAGGUCAACAGCCGCUUCAAGGCGAUCAAAGACAGCUUGCAGGACUCAAGUAGUCGGCUCCUUAGCAUGCCCAGUCUGCACUUGCAAGAUAUUCGCGGCGAAUGGGCAGGCCGGCCAUUCUUCAAUGAGAAUAGCCCCAAUACGAACGCUUCAGGCGACAAGGGCAUCAAUGGGCACGCAAGUGCACCCCCACCUCCACCUCCCCGAAACCAUCCUCAGUCGACGCAUCCAAUCUUAGAAGAAGCCAUGAGAGACCUUGUAGGCGAUGUCGUGAUACUAGGAGGAUACCGAGGAUCUAUUCUGCGCUCCGCUAAGCCACCGCACCGACAGCUCUGGGUGCCGAUGAAGGUUGGACUCAAUCUGCGUAAAGUGGAUUUGGAAGUCGGCUUGACUCGAGAGGACGAAGAGCGCAUGCCAGAGACCGUCAUCCCCUCUGGCGUGCUGUCCCACGUUGGUCCCGUGGACGUUUGCCGCAGGUUGAUGAAGCGGUUGCGCAAGUGCGACAAUGCCAUGCGCGGCGACUUGCGCGUCUGGGACUACGGAUAUGACUGGCGUCUUAGUCCUGACCUAUUAUCCAAACAGCUUAUUGAGUUCCUGGAACGCUUACCAUGCAACCGGGGCUCAUCAGAUGGCAAACUCCCCACGCGGCGUGGCGCGACGGUCAUCGCCCAUAGUUUGGGCGGACUCAUUACUCGGCACGCUGUGAAUCAGCGACCUGAUCUCUUCGCGGGCGUGGUGUAUGCGGGAGUACCGCAGCACUGCGUCAACAUCCUCGGUCCGCUUCGCAACGGCGAUGACGUCCUGCUCAGUUCGCGGGUCCUAACUGCUCAAGUCAAUUUCACCUUCCGAACGAGCUUUGCCCUACUUCCCGAAGACGGCCACUGCUUCAUCGACAAACAAUCUAAGAAGGAAUUCCGCAUGAGACUUCUUCGACCCCAAAAGCUGGGAAGAAUACCGCCUCUCCCCCUGCUCAAGCGUUUCUCAUUCGGUGCUCGCGACGAAUUGAAUAUAAACGAGUCAGAAACCAACGACACCAACACCAGCACAGAAGACGAUAAUCCCCAUCGCGUCGGCCAUCUCCCUCGUUCCUCCACCGCUCCAAUCCACAUGACAUCCUCAUCAUCCGACAAUUUUAGCGAUAAAUUCAGCAACAAGGUCAAUGACACAGUCGACAAAGCCCAUGAUAAAGCCCACGACAAAGCUCAAGAGAAAGCCAGCGAAGCCGUCCCUAGCGUGGACGGCCUCGUUGGCCCGAAUCCGAGCCCCCGCGGCAGCGCAGGCGCAAGCAAAGCCUCCACGACCUGUACCAUUCCCCACGCCGCGGCAAUGGAGUACCUUCAACGUACCCUGGCAGAGGUCAAGCGCUUCAAGUUCGAAUUGGACUUCCAGCCCUCCCACCAAAUGGAGAACCGAUACCCGCCUGCCGCCGUGAUUUACGGCAAGAGUGUGCCGACUGUGUACGGUGCACGGGUCACUUCGCGCGAGGCGAUUAAGCGUACGGAUUGUUACGAUGAUCUUGCGUUCGCGGCGGGUGACGGCGUUUGUCUUGCUUCCGCGGCGAUGUUGCCUCCUGGGUAUCGGAUCAUCAAGCAUGGUCUUGUGAAGAGUGAACGUGGACACGUUGGGUUGCUUGGCGAUCUUGAGGGUGUGGGACAGUGUUUGCGAGCCAUUAUUCGGGGUCGAAAGGAGGGUGUUGGAUUGGGCAAUUACAAAGAGUGA